UAAACUACCAGAUGCACCUCCUCUUCACUUGACCCAAGUUCAACUUCAGCAGAGAGUGUAGUCAAAUGGCAGAACAUCAUCAUCAUGACCAUGAUCAUCAUCACCAUCAUGAUCAUGAUCAUGAUCACAGCCAUGGGGAUUCAGCAGCAACAAAGUCAUGGACAGGAGCAGAUGGGAAGGUGUACCAUAGCCAUGAUGGGCUGGCACCACACUCACAUGAACCCAUCUACUCUCCUGGUUACUUCAGCAGAAGAGCUCCACCACUCCUCUCCAGGGAUUUCAAGGAAAGGGCUUUCACUAUUGGCAUUGGAGGACCGGUUGGUACUGGGAAAACUGCUUUGAUGUUGGCUCUGUGUAAACUUUUGCGCGACAAGUACAGUCUUGCUGCAGUGACAAAUGAUAUAUUCACCAAAGAGGAUGGUGAGUUCUUGGUGAAGCACGGAGCACUUCCUGAAGAGAGAAUACGUGCUGUGGAAACUGGGGGAUGCCCUCAUGCUGCAAUUCGCGAAGACAUCAGCAUUAAUCUAGGCCCUCUUGAGGAGCUUUCUAACUUGUACAAGGCAGACAUACUUCUUUGUGAAUCAGGCGGAGAUAAUUUAGCUGCGAACUUCAGCAGGGAGCUGGCUGACUAUAUUAUUUACAUCAUAGAUGUAUCUGCUGGUGAUAAAAUUCCACGAAAAGGUGGCCCUGGAAUCACUCAAGCUGACCUUCUGGUGAUAAACAAGACUGACCUUGCACAAGCAGUUGGAGCUGAUUUGGCAGUGAUGGAGCGUGAUGCACUUCGAAUGCGAGAUGGAGGGCCAUUUGUCUUUGCUCAGGUGAAGCACGGGCAAGGAGUUGAGGAAAUCGUGAACCACAUAUUACAGGCUUGGGAACUAGCAACAGGAUAUAAGCGCCACUGAGCCACCGACGCUUUUUCACUGAAUUUGGUUUCUGCAUCUUUUUUCCAAAUCUCUGUCUACUUCUUAGAAUAAAUGUGUAAAUGUUUAACACUACUCUGCCCCUGCGGGGGUGGAGCGGCGAAUGACGAGGAACGCAUUGUUGCUAUGCUAUUACUGUUUAGUGUCACAAUUUUUGUAUCUAA